UGACGUGUUAACACAUUAGUAAAUGCGCUGAAUACAUUUCAACUUAGCUGAAUAGCGUUUAAAUUCACUAAAACGCAAAUUAAAAGGUUCUGAACAACCGGGUGUAAAUUCAGCGCUCUAACUAGCAGCUGAAUACAACUUAUGUCCAUUUUUAAUGCGAGUUAUUAACUAAUAGCGAAGUUUACGACGAGAUAACACAUUAGUUAAUGCGCUGAAUACAUUUCAACUUAGCUGAAUAGUGUUUAAACUCGCUAAGCAGCUUUAGUUAGUGCUAAUAACGCUAAUAAGCGGCAGAAAGUGCAGCUUAGUAUAAUUAAAUGAACAAAAACGCGUAAAAACUAAUGCAAAUUGCAGCUAAUUACUCCAAACAUGCCAAUCAUACCCCUAAACACUUAAUUGGUUUUGCCAAACAUACAUAUGUACAUACAUAUAGCAAAUGAUAAAGACAUAAGAUGCUAAGAAUUUGUACAUAGAUACAAACCAACAUACAAACUAAUAGAACAAAUUCCUACUGCGGCUUAUUUUGAGAAACAAAAAUUAUCAAAGCUUGCAAUUUAUCGCAUAAAUUGUCAUUUAAAUUGAGUUGUAAACCAUAAAUCGAUAAUUAAAAAAAAGUUUCGAAAUAGUAGUUUUUGCGUACGUUUUUGAAGUCGAUUCAUUGCUUAUGUUUUACUUAAGAAUGUCAAAAUUCGAUUUUAGAAAUGUGCUCAAUACAAAGGGACGCAGGAAAACAUUUUUCAAAAUCGCCUAAUUAUGUUUUGCGCAUUUUCGAAAAUUAAAAAAAUAAUAAUAAAAUCCUUUUUCAAUGUGAAAUUGUAUGCAAUUGAUGCCUUAACAAAAAAAAAUUGUGGAAAAAUUAAAAACUCAAGCAAAACUAAAAGGAAAAAAAAACAGAAAACACAAAAAUCACAAAAAAAUUGUGUAUUCGAAAAAAAAAAAACAAUCAAAGGUAAAAACCGUUAAAACGAACAACUCUCAACAUAUAUUAUACGAGAGACAUUCGCUUUUGAAUUGGAUAUUUGAAUUUACGAUAUUAGGAAUUUGUAAGUUUCUUCUUCAUCUCUAUAUAAAUAUAUACUCACGGAGAGUUAGGUGCAUAACUUUAAGGCUGAUGUUAUUUCAUAAGUGUAGAGUAUGUAUGCAUUACCGUUAUACAUAUAUAUGGUACAUACAGACGUAUAUAAAUAAUCGACAAGCAAAGUGAAAAGUGAAUAAAUCACGUUUAUGAAUUCAUAUUUGAAAACAUGAAAGAAAAAAAAAAACAAAAAAUACUAAAAAUUAGUACAGUCAAAACUCGUUAGCUUGAACUUCAGAGCAGCGCUUUGCGAAAUGUGUGGAUAAAUUGAAAGACGAAGACAAGAAUCAUAAAUUUUUUGAAAAAAUAAAAUCAAAUCGAUUUUCUUUGAAGCAAUACCAAUUAACGCCGCUUGACUGUAUGGCGAACACAGCCGAGAAGCUACUAUUCAGAAAAAAAAUUUAAUCACGAAUAUUAUUAAUUAAUUUUCCUAAUAAAUAUUGAAUUUUUAUUUUUCAAAAAAAGCGCUUCCUCUCGAGGAUUCAUUUCCGUUUUUUUAGCAAAAACUUUCACUUGCAGUCAGCCUUAGUAUGUAUUAAUUACAGUUAGUUUGACAUACUUGUAUGUAUGCACAUACAUAUAUAUAUUGUAUUUAUGUAAUUAUAUAUUUUGCCAAAAAACAACAAAAAAUUAUUAAACAUAUAAGUAGUUACUUUAUAAAUAGCGCUUCUUCUGCUUAGUCAAAUUGUUAAAUGAAAAACAACAAUUAUAUACACAUACAUACAUACAAACAUAUAUUACAUAUUAAGUAUUAAUUGCGUUUCUUUCAACUCCAAACUAUAUAUACAAACAAACAAAGAAAUCAACAAACGUGUAACACAAAUAAACAUAGCUAAUUAAAACGUUGAAAUUAUAAACAAAUUCAAAACGUUGCAAGCUUAUAACCUCAAUUUAAUGCGACACCAAACCACUUUCGUAGCAUACCAAAUAACAGUUACCCACAAUUGUAUUGGAACAAACAUGAAAAACAAUAUUGGCAUUACAAAAUAAUAUAACGGUGCUUUGCUGAGCGCCAACGGUAUGUUAUAUGUGUAUGUAAACCGUUAUACGUUACGGUAACUGUAACCGUUAAAUUGAUAAAUUGUUCUAGUCCACACUGAUUUUUUUGUCAUACUGUUGUUGCAAUAUGAAAUUUUUUUAUUCUAUUUUACAUUUUUACAAUUGUUUUUUUUUUUCUGAUUUUGAUUUGCCGUUUUUUACAGUUAAGUUAAACGCGCUUUUAGCCUCUAACGUUAUAGUAAUUUAGUGUACAAAUCUGCGACUAAAAUGUAUUUGUAUUAUUCACAUUUAGUUGUAACUCUUUUUCCAAAUGGUAUAGCAUUACGAGAAUUCGAAUAAAUUAUUUUUAUAAAAAAAAUAUGUGUUUUUUGAAAAUUAUUUGAGCGGAGGAAAGAAGGGGAGAGAUAACAAAGUAACGAAUAUCAGCUGGGCGCCGCAAUUUUUACGAAUGAAAACGACUUAAUCAGUAGUCCCUUAUAAAGGACGUGGAUGGUAUGGCCAACUGAGUAUGCAGCAAACGGUAGCGGAAUCUUUACUUCCGCCGAGUACGACGACUACAAAUAGCAAAUAACGGCUUUCAACGAAAAUUCAACGAAACCGAAAUUCUCUAACAACCGAUCCGUGACAGUUCCAAUCCCCCUGAAAUACGUUCGUGGAACAUUUACAGGUGCAAGCUCCAGUUGAGUCGCGGUCCUAAUCUUUAUUACCUCGCGCCCAACAUGUCGGAUUAAUUGCUAAACAGCUACUAACUAGCGCUUUGACAUAAUAAACGUUAUUAGUUACUAAUUGGAACGAAAAAAAUCUCCAGCACAUCUGGCAUUUGUACACAGCCAAUGCAUUAAUUAUAGCCGUUUCUGGUGGGCUGGACGCAGUUUCGCCCAUAAUUUCAGCAGAAUCGAAAAUUCCGUUAAAGCUUAGCCAACAGAUUAGGGCGAUGAAAGCACAAUGGGAGCGGAAAAGUCAUUAAAAAACCAUGCCCACGUGCAAAAGCAGGCGGUGCUGGGACCUUUCGACUUUUCUAACCAACCAGAUCCCAAACAGUUUGUGAGCCGUAAUGCUUAUAAAAGACGCUACGACUGGCUUUAUGGGACUAGUCAUCAGAUAUGCUCUGCAAAAUGAGCAAGUUACAGCCUCAAUUAACAGCCGUUAUGGCAAAGGAUGUGAAGACAGCACAGCGGAAUACCAACGUCCAAAGAAAACCGUUAAGUGUGCUUGAAGCCAAGAAUUUAGUGAAAACUUUAAGUGAGGAGACUGUAGAGGAAGACGUUGUACAGCCUGUCAGUACGCAAGACACAACGAAGUAUCUCUUCAAAGCUGCUUUCUUAAUGGGCAUUGUUAUGCCCUCGCGCUAUCGUGCACUAUACGUCUUACAUUCGUUCUGGGUCAACUUUUUGACCACCUUCUAUUUCCCGAUUGGUUUUACUUUGAUAUUCUUCACACUGUCCGACGAAAUAAACAUCAGCAAUCUGCUCACCUCACUGCAGGUCAUAUUCGAUGUCUACGGCGGAUCGGCGAAGUUCAUCGUAAUGAUGUGUAUGUUGGAAAAGCUCCGUGCAACGCAGGCAAUCACACAACAGCUUGAUAGGCGUUGCCGUGCCGCAGAUGAAAUCGCUGAGUUGCAGAAAAUGGUGCGCUUCGGUCAAAAGGUCGUCAUAUUUUACUUGACCAUCUUUCUAUGCUACUCGGGCAGCACAUUUAUGGCCUCAUUCUUUUCGGGUUAUCCACCGUAUUCGUUGUAUUUUCCCUUUCUGAAAUGGCGUCGUUCGCACUCGGAGUUCAUAAUUGCUUCAUUCCUUGAAUUCGUUAUAAUGGACCUCGCUUGUCUGCAACAAACUGUAAACGACGGCUAUCCCGUCAUCUACAUCAACAUGAUGCUUUGUCACAUGAAAAUUCUGCAGCUUCGCGUACAGAAACUGGGCAACAACACAGCGCUAACCCUGGAAGAACAUCUCAGCGAGUUGAAGUUGUGCAUAAAGGACCAUCAAUUGCUGAUUGAACUCUAUGACAUCAUAUCGCCCAUCGUCUCAGUGACGCUUUUCAUACAAUUCACGCUCUCCGCCGUUUGUAUUGGCACCACACUGAUCAACAUUGUCAUCUUUGCGAAUGAGUUCCAAACACAGGUGGCCUGCUGCUUCUUCAUACUAGCUGUGUUGAUAGAGAUUUUCCCGGCUUGCUACUUCUCUCAGUGUCUUAUCGAUGAGAGUGACAAUUUGUCGGAUGUGAUUUUCCACUCGAAAUGGGUGGAACAAAGCAAGGAGUAUCGCAAGCUAAUGAUUUUCUUCUUACAGCGCUCACAGCGUCCGAUGUUUUUGACCGCUGGAAAAUUAUUUCCCGUCACGCUCAGCAGUUUUGUGAGUAUUGCGAAAUUCUCUUUCUCACUUUACACUUUCAUCGAAAAAAUGAAUUUGAAAGAACGACUCGGUAUCGAGUGAAGAUAUCGGUACAAGAAACAUUAUACUAUGAUGAGGCACGCCUGGCUGAUACUACACUUGCUUCUAGCUACAUGAGAAGACAAUUAUUAUUCUAGCACUUAAAUGUUGAUAUCACAGACUCUUAUCACUUCACUGUCUAUAUUUGUUAUUUAAAAAAGCUAUAUCACAAAGUCCAAUAAAUCUUAGUGCACAAAGGAUUACGCAAACAAAAGCACUUUCUCGAGUCAAAAUAAAUAGAAGAAGUAAAAUAUAGGUUUCCGAGAAAAUAAUCCUUAUAAAAAAACGAACAAGACAGUGAACUUGGAUGAGUUUAUAAGUGUCGUGUCUAAGACGUCUGAGAAUUAAUUGAAAGUGGGUGUUAAAGCUAUCUCAGUUUCUCAUAUCAGUAGAUAUCAGAUUCAGUCUGCUGAAUCGAAAUAUUUAAAAUACUAAACCAUCACUGCUCGCU